UUCAUCCACCCAUUGAUGGAUGAACAAUAUGCAUUCAUCCACAUGUGCUUGUCCCCACCCUGUCUUCUAUUUAAUCCCCUUCCUUGCCUCGUCGCUGCGGUGCGCGCUGCUGCGGGGGUUCAUGGUUUUGUGUCCCAGCUGAAUCGACCGACGUCUUCCGGCUUUGAUUUGCUUGGUUCGCAAAUUCCAGUUUCCCCUUCGGACAUUGCGAUGGCUUGCAGCUUCGACUUCGUUGUACUUCUCGUCCUCGUGGUGUUGGGAAGAGUGCUGGAGGUCGAGGGCCGCCCAAGUGGUACAUGGGGCUGGAUUGCUGACAGCAAUGAGGACAGUGGCCUCCAGCGCCUGACUGUUCCACAGUCGUUGCUUGGCAGUAUCGCGUCUCCUUUGAACGCAGAGGAGACUAACAAGUACUUGAACCAGCUCAACGACCACACUCUGCGCCACCACGGCCAGGACGACGAUUUCUGCAAGGUUGCGAGACUCGAAUGCAAUUCCGACGUAGAAAUCGUGGGAAUGUCCCGCAUCAAUCCCGUCGACCAGGAGUCUUUUGAGCAUAACCGUGAUUCAACGGACAUCAUGCUUGGAAACCAAUUCAACCACAACGACAUCAAUAAGGGCAACGAAAUCGUGUUGCCUGAGAAUCUCCAUGACUCACACCCUAUUGUGCCGUUCCUGCCUCAGUCCCUUUCUGAGAAAUUGCCCUUCUCCAGUGGCAAGAUGCCGGAGCUUUUGGACACUCUCAACAUCCACCGCGGCUCCAACAUGGCGAUGAUGAUGUACCGCACUGUGAGCCAGUGUGAAGCUCGGGAUCAGAGCAAGGAAAGUCGAAAGUGCGUGACCUCGUUGGAGGACAUGCAGAACUUCGUCAGUUCAAGACUGCCUCAAGACAAGCAUAUCACCGCUCUUGAGCGAUCCAGCUCCAUCUCAGGUGCCGUCAGGUCCCACUCAAAGGAUAGCUGGAAGGUGCUCGAUACCAAGCUUCACGAAACAGCCGUGAUCUGCCGCAAGAGCGUGUUCGCCUACGCCGUCUUCGAGUGCCAAGACACCAGCACGAGCAACAUGCACAUCUAUAGCGUCGAGAUGCAAGGUCACGACGGAUCCCGCAGAAGCGAAGUAGCCUCAUGCUCAAAGAACUUCGCCACGACUAGCGUGGAUGCCACGGCACACAAGAGGACCGAGGGACAAUCCUGCCUCUGGGUCACCGAUGCCUUGAUCUGGGCACCGACGAACUAGACUGCUUGCUGGUUCGAUUAACCUGGUCGAACACGACUGAACACAAACAUUGUCCAAAAAAUCAUAAAAUGUAAUAAGAGGGGAUUCUCAACACAUCAAGAACUUCGCUACUCUAGAGCUGGCACCCGCAAUAUCGAGGUUGAGGACGAUAAAAAAAACAAAGGAAGUGGGGAUUUGAUUGAGGAUAUUUCGGAGGCGUUCCGUAGUCGUCUCCGAGAGACGAAACGUGGCUCCCUGUGGUGUUGAUAGCUGGUGUUGGAUUGUAUAGAUGAGAUGAUUUGUCUGGGGGGCAGAAAGGAUAUGAUGAUCUCGUCCUCUUCUCUCCUCUCAAGUUGGAUUUAAUAAGACUGCUGCUGCGGUUGCAAGAGCAACUCCAGCUGCAAGUGCUACUCUUCAUCAUUUCCAUGGUUUGGUUUACCUACGGUAACCGUUCCCUCUAAAUCAAUGCUGGUGGGGCAGAUCGCAGGAGGCAAAAUAAUAAAAGAAAGGAAUGUGUUUAACCGGAGACUAUUUACACUA